AUGGACUGGGUCAAAGUCACUCUCUGCAAGGAGAAGAAGGUGGCCAAUUUCUUUACUGCCUAUGCCGGCUACAUUUCUGCUUUACUUUCCACAACACAAUCGGUCAUCAAACACGUUGGUCACAAUGAAAUACAACAAGAAGAGUCAAAGGAAAGUGAACCUCAUUCUCUAAAUAUCCCGAUCACAGCUCUGAAUAUGCAGAACAACAAUUCUUAUACGGUGACCAAGAUUCUGCUCUUAGGAUUUCAGGAUUUACAAAAUUUUAAGAUUUCUUUCUUUCUCCUACUUCUGCUGAUCUUCUGUGUGACCAUCUGUGGGAACCUCCUGAUCAUUGUGGUGGUGUCCUACAGCCGAUCCCUCCACUCCCCCAUGUACUUCUUCCUCACACAGCUCUCCUCCUCAGAUAUCCUUCUCUCCACCACUAUAGUACCCAAAUGUCUCCACGUUGUGUUGUAUGAAGGACGUUCUCUGCCCUUUAUCGACUGUUUGAUACAAUUUAAUUUUUUUGCAGUCUCAGAAACAUUAGAAAGUCUUUUCCUGACAGUGAUGUCCUAUGACCGGUAUCAGGCCAUCUGUAACCCACUACAUUACUCCUCUGUUAUGAACUUCACAUUUUGUCUAAAAGCCGUUCUCUUGUUUUGGGUGAUUGCAUUUGCUGCUACAUUGAGUUUUAUAGUAACGUUGAGUCAACUACAGUUCUGUGGACCAAACAUUAUUGACCAUUUCUUCUGUGAUUUAGAUCCCAUUCUUGAACUUUCCUGCUCAGAUACUUUUUAUGUGAAAUUAGAAGACAUGAUCUUGGCUGCACCAUUUGUCAUUUGUCCAUUUAUGGUGAUUAUGGUCUCAUAUAUUUAUAUUAUCGUCACCAUAUUGAAGAUCCCAUCUACAACCGGGAGGCAGAAGACCUUCUCCACCUGUAGCUCUCACCUGGCCGUGGUCUCCUUAUUUUAUGGAUCCCUGAUCUGCAUCUAUUUAUUUCCAAACAAAGAAAAUGUAAAGAAAAUCCUCGCCCUGUUCUACACUGUAGUUACUCCGCUUCUCAAUCCUAUGAUCUACAGUCUGAGUAAUAGAGAGAUGAAACAGGCCUUUAAAAAGCUCAAGAGCAAAAUAUGUUAA